CCCUCAACACUGGGGCAGCUCUCCAGUAUGUCAGGGACAAUGUCUUUAUUGCCUCCUCCGGAAGUAGGCGCCUUGAAGGUGUUCCACAGAUUCUGAUACUGCUGAAUGGUGGAAGGUCCUUUGACAAUGUAGAUACACCAGCGUCUGCUCUCAAGGAGCUUGGUGUCUUGGUGUUUGGAAUUGGAACAAGGAGCUCUGAUAGCAGAGAAUUACAAAAAAUAUCCUAUGACCCCAGUUAUGCUCUUUCCGUGUCUGAAUUUACUGACCUCCCCAACGUCCAACAGCAGCUUCUUUCUGCUAUGGGCACUGUCAUUGUACAGGUCACAACCAUGACACCAACAGUAAAACCAACAAUCCUAGUUGAGAGUCAGGCUCCCAGGAGGGAUGUCGUGUUCUUGCUGGAUGGAUCUGAUGGCACGAGGAGUGGAUUCCCAGCAAUGCGGGACUUUGUUCAAAGAGUAGUGGAGACACUCGGUGUGGAUGAGAACAAAGAUCGCGUGGCUGUGGUCCAGUACAGUAGAGAUCCAGCCGCCCAAUUCUAUCUGAACACAUACACAACAAAAGGAGAGAUUCUCAACACUGUAAGAGGUCUGAGACACAAAGGUGGGAGACCUCUCAACACUGGAGCAGCUCUCCAGUAUGUGAGAGACAAUGUCUUGACUGCCUCCUCCGGAAGUCGACGCACUGAAGGUGUUCCACAGUUACUGAUUCUGCUGAGUGGUGGAAGGUCCUUUGACAAUGUUGACACUCCAGCUUCUGCUCUGAAGGAGCUUGGGGUCUUGAUCUUUGGAAUUGGAACAAGGAGCUCUGAUAGCAGAGAAUUGCAGAGGAUAUCACAUGAUCCCAGUUACGCUCUGUCUGUCUCUGACUUCACUGACCUUCCAAACAUCCAGCAGCAACUUCUGUCCUCGGUGGAGUCAGUUGUUAUUGACGUUACGCCAGAAUCGACAACAGAUUUAGUUGAUCAUGACACCUCCAGAAAGGAUGUGGUAUUCCUUGUGGAUGGUUCUGAUGGCACAAGGAAUGGAUUCCCAGCAAUGCGUGAUUUUGUUCAGCGAGUAGUGGGGAAACUCAAUGUGGGAGGAGACAAAGACCGCGUUUCUGUUGUCCAGUACGGUAGAGAUCAAGAAGUUCAUUUCUAUCUGAACACAUACACCACAAAGGAGGACAUUCUUAACACUGUGAGAAGUCUGAGGCACAGAGGAGGUAGACCCCUUAACACUGGGGCAGCCCUCCAAUACGUAAGGGACAACGUCCUUACUGCCUCCUCUGGAAGCAGAAGCCAAGAGGGCGUCCCUCAGAUGCUGAUACUGCUGAGUGGGGGAAGGUCCAGUGAUAAUGUUGACAUACCAGCUUCUGCCCUGAAAGACAGUGGGGUCUUGAUCUUUGGCAUUGGAACCAGAAAUUCCAGCAGAGAGGUUCAAGGGAUUGCCACUGAUCCUAGUUUUUCCCAGUCUGUUUCUGAAUUCACUGACCUCCCCAGCAUCCAGGAGCAGUUUUUCUCCACACUCAUAACUGUACAAGUUGAGGCCACACCCAAAACCCCAACAGUCAUAGUGGACCAAAGCAUUGCCAGAAAGGAUGUAGUAUUCCUGCUGGAUGGUUCUGAUGGCACUAGGAAUGGCUUUCCAGCAAUGCGUGACUUUGUUCAAAGAGUGGUAGAGAAACUCACUGUGGAGGAGAACAGAGAUCGAGUCUCUGUGGUCCAGUAUAGCAAAGAAUCAGAGGCCCACUUCUAUUUGAACACUUACACAACAAAGGAAGACGUUGUGGACACCGUAAGAGGCCUGAGGCACAAAGGAGGGAGACCCCUCAACACUGGGGCAGCUCUCCAGUAUGUCAGGGACAAUGUCUUUAUUGCCUCCUCCGGAAGUAGGCGCCUUGAAGGUGUUCCACAGAUUCUGAUACUGCUGAAUGGUGGAAGGUCCUUUGACAAUGUAGAUACACCAGCGUCUGCUCUCAAGGAGCUUGGUGUCUUGGUGUUUGGAAUUGGAACAAGGAGCUCUGAUAGCAGAGAAUUACAAAAAAUAUCCUAUGACCCCAGUUAUGCUCUUUCCGUGUCUGAAUUUACUGACCUCCCCAACGUCCAACAGCAGCUUCUUUCUGCUAUGGGCACUGUCAUUGUACAGGUCACAACCAUGACACCAACAGUAAAACCAACAAUCCUAGUUGAGAGUCAGGCUCCCAGGAGGGAUGUCGUGUUCUUGCUGGAUGGAUCUGAUGGCACGAGGAGUGGAUUCCCAGCAAUGCGGGACUUUGUUCAAAGAGUAGUGGAGACACUCGGUGUGGAUGAGAACAAAGAUCGCGUGGCUGUGGUCCAGUACAGUAGAGAUCCAGCCGCCCAAUUCUAUCUGAACACAUACACAACAAAAGGAGAGAUUCUCAACACUGUAAGAGGUCUGAGACACAAAGGUGGGAGACCUCUCAACACUGGAGCAGCUCUCCAGUAUGUGAGAGACAAUGUCUUGACUGCCUCCUCCGGAAGUCGACGCACUGAAGGUGUUCCACAGUUACUGAUUCUGCUGAGUGGUGGAAGGUCCUUUGACAAUGUUGACACUCCAGCUUCUGCUCUGAAGGAGCUUGGGGUCUUGAUCUUUGGAAUUGGAACAAGGAGCUCUGAUAGCAGAGAAUUGCAGAGGAUAUCACAUGAUCCCAGUUACGCUCUGUCUGUCUCUGACUUCACUGACCUUCCAAACAUCCAGCAGCAACUUCUGUCCUCGGUGGAGUCAGUUGUUAUUGACGUUACGCCAGAAUCGACAACAGAUUUAGUUGAUCAUGACACCUCCAGAAAGGAUGUGGUAUUCCUUGUGGAUGGUUCUGAUGGCACAAGGAAUGGAUUCCCAGCAAUGCGUGAUUUUGUUCAGCGAGUAGUGGGGAAACUCAAUGUGGGAGGAGACAAAGACCGCGUUUCUGUUGUCCAGUACGGUAGAGAUCAAGAAGUUCAUUUCUAUCUGAACACAUACACCACAAAGGAGGACAUUCUUAACACUGUGAGAAGUCUGAGGCACAGAGGAGGUAGACCCCUUAACACUGGGGCAGCCCUCCAAUACGUAAGGGACAACGUCCUUACUGCCUCCUCUGGAAGCAGAAGCCAAGAGGGCGUCCCUCAGAUGCUGAUACUGCUGAGUGGGGAAGGUCCAGUGAUAAUGUUGACAUACCAGCUUCUGCCCUGAAAGACAGUGGGGUCUUGAUCUUUGGCAUUGGAACCAGAAAUUCCAGCAGAGAGGUUCAAGGGAUUGCCACUGAUCCUAGUUUUUCCCAGUCUGUUUCUGAAUUCACUGACCUCCCCAGCAUCCAGGAGCAGUUUUUCUCCACACUCAUAACUGUACAAGUUGAGGCCACACCCAAAACCCCAACAGUCAUAG